AUCACAUCCCAUCAACAAGAGAGGAGAAUAAGGGGCGGCAUCCGCCAGCCCAGUACAAUGUCGGCCUGCCACCAGGGAAUACAUCUAUACAUCUGUAUCUUCGUUAGACCUCUCUGUUAGAGACUCAUGCACUUUCCCUGUGUCACCAGAUCGUGGGAUUACCUCAGACCAGCGGACCGCAUUUAAUUAUCGUCCUUUGUGUUUGACCUUUCAUACCAACUAGUGAUCGUCGAGACGCGGGGGUGGAGGUGUUGUAGCGAAGGAGUGCAGUUUGUCGUGAUCGCCUCCUGAGCUCUCGAAUGGUUUCAACAUGGAAGCUCGGCCGCAUUUCUCCCGUGAGGAAAUCAACAAUACGGUGUGGGAAGUCCCGGUGAAGUUUAUUAGACUGAAGCAAAUCGGGUCUGGAGCGUACGGUUCAGUGUGUUCGGUGACCAACGAGAAGACGAAAGAGAAGGUUGCCAUCAAGAAGCUGCACAGGCCCUUUCAGUCGGAGAUAUUCGCCAAGAGGGCCUAUCGAGAGCUUCGACUGCUGAAGCACAUGAAGCACGAAAAUGUCAUUGGGCUUCUUGACGUGUUCACACCUGCAGCUACGGGGUUCGAGGACUUUCAGGACUUCUACCUGGUCAUGCCAUACAUGUUCACUGACCUGUCAAAGGUGCGCGGCAAUCUGUCCGAAGACAAAGUGCAGUUUCUGGUGUAUCAGAUGCUGUGUGGACUCAGGUACAUUCACAAGGCAGGCAUCAUCCACAGAGACCUUAAACCGGGAAACCUGGCCGUGAACCAAGACUGCGAGUUAAAGAUCCUCGACUUCGGGCUGGCUCGCAGUACCGAUGCUGAGAUGACGGGCUACGUGGUGACCCGGUGGUAUCGGGCGCCGGAAGUCAUUCUCAACUGGAUGCACUACACCCAGACUGUGGAUAUCUGGUCCGUGGGCUGCAUCAUGGCAGAAAUGAUCAACGGAAAAACACUCUUCAAAGGGAAAGACUAUAUGGACCAACUCACCCAGAUCAUGAAAGUGACUGGUGUCCCUGGGAAAGAAUUCAUCCAGAAGCUGGACAGCCCUGAGGCCAAAAGCUACAUGAAGAACCUCCCGCAUUAUCCAAGGAAGGACUUCUCCACCUUGUUUCCCAAGGCCAGUGCACAAGCCAUUGACCUGCUGGAGAAGAUGCUGGUUCUGGACGGGGACGAGAGGCCCACUGCCGAACUGGCCCUGGAGCACCCUUACUUUGACACGCUGAGGGACCCAGAGGACUGCCCCGACCCCAAGCCCUAUGACGACAGCCGGGACAACGCAACACUAUCCCUUGAGGAAUGGAAACAGUUAUGUUUCAAAGAGGUAAGAAGCUUUGUGCCAUUCCCGAGGAGAGACUCGAAGAGAAGAAACACACUGACGAUGACUAAGAGUGCCUGAAUGCUGUGGUACUAUUGAUAACCCAUAUCAAUUCAUUCUAUACACUAUAAUUUGACCACAAGCGUCAUACACAAACAAUCAAACAGUGUUUUCAUUUGAAUGACCACAUGUUGAUGAUAGCCUACUUCAAUUCAAGUAUUUAGAAAGGUAAACGGGUAUGUGUAUUUCAUUCAAACUGGAAGACCGGUUCUUCAAUAGAAAUUCGUUUUUAUUUAAAAUAUUUUAAGACCUGCAGGAAAAUAGAAUGUGUGCAUACAACUGGCUUUGAGUACUGUAUUAUUAUUUUAAUCAAGGUUUACAUACAAAUGAUGUGACACUGUGUUUCAUGCUUCUGUCAUUUGGAAUUCAUUACAUCAACGUCAUGAAUGUAUCUUUUUUUUAAAUAAAAAAUAUGGCUGUUUUUCA